AUGAACUUCAUAUCAGUAUUCAUAGAUAUAAGUAAGGAAAUAUUUCAAUAUAACGAAGAGGAAAAAAUUUAUGAAUUAAUAAAGAUAUCUAAUUUAACUAUAGACAAUUUAAUAAUAUCACUUUAUUUCCUUUAUAAAUUCCGAUUGAAUAAUGUUGUAAAUGUAGAUGAUUUCAAAUUGAAUUUCAAAUUAGUAAUAAUGUCAUUGGUUUUGUCAAAUAAAAUCCACAAUGAUUCCAAUUACACUUUCAAAACUUGGUUAAACCUUUGCUCCACUUGCAAUAUCGAUAUUAAUUUAAAAGUAUUAAAACAAUUAGAGGUUUUUUACUUGAAUGUUUUAAACUACAGAUUGAAUUAUAAAGAUAUGUAUAAUGAUGAAUAUUUUUGGGAUAUGUUGAGUGUAAAUCCUAAUAGUCAAAUAUUCCACCAAUUCAAACAAGCUGAUGACCCCACAGCUGACAGCUCACCUAUAGUCACACCAAUUAUCACCCCAGUUGAUAGUCCAAUAGUGUCCUAUGAUCAAUGUUACGUGGCGAGUUUACCAUUAAGUAACAAUGUAAUGAUAAUGAAUAAUAAUAUGAUCAAUAUGGUCAACAAUAUGAAUAGUAUGAACAAUAUUAAUUUUAGUAGUAUGAAUAAUGCAUUUUAUGAUAAUAGUAAUAGUUAUGUCACCAAUAACUAUAAUAGCACCAUUAACUAUGCUCCAAACUAUUAUCUUUCAAAUAAUGAAGAUGUAUAUUAG